AUGAGUCCGCGCUCCUGCCUGCGCUCCCUGCGCCUGCUGGUCUUCGCCGUCUUCUCGGCCGCCGCCAGCAACUGGCUGUACCUGGCCAAGUUGUCCUCGGUGGGCAGCAUCUCUGACGAGGAGACCUGCGAGAAGCUGAAGGGGCUGAUCCAGAGGCAGGUGCAGAUGUGCAAGAGGAACCUGGAGGUGAUGGACUCCGUGCGGCGCGGGGCGCAGCUGGCCAUCGAGGAAUGCCAGUACCAGUUCCGGAACCGACGGUGGAACUGUUCGACUCUGGACAGCCUGCCGGUCUUCGGCAAGGUGGUGACGCAAGGGACCCGAGAAGCAGCCUUCGUCUACGCCAUCUCCUCUGCAGGGGUAGCCUUCGCUGUGACUCGGGCCUGCAGCAGCGGGGAGCUGGACAAGUGUGGCUGUGACCGGACCGUGCAUGGGGUCAGCCCGGAGGGCUUCCAAUGGUCAGGCUGUUCAGACAACAUUGCCUACGGAGUGGCCUUCUCCCAGUCCUUUGUGGAUGUCCGAGAGAGAAGCAAAGGGGCUUCCUCCAGCCGGGCUCUCAUGAACUUGCACAACAAUGAGGCUGGAAGAAAGGCCAUUCUGAACCACAUGCGGGUGGAAUGCAAAUGCCACGGCGUGUCGGGCUCCUGCGAGGUGAAGACCUGCUGGAAGGCCAUGCCCCCCUUCCGCAAGGUGGGCCACGUCCUCAAGGAGAAGUUUGACGGGGCCACGGAAGUGGAGCAGCGGCGAGUGGGCUCCUCCAAGGCCCUCGUGCCCAGGAACUCCCAAUUCAAGCCGCACACGGACGAGGACCUGGUGUACCUGGAGCCGAGCCCGGACUUCUGCGAGCACGACGCCCGCAGUGGCGUUCUGGGCACCUGGGGCCGCCAGUGCAACAAGACCUCCAAGGCCAUCGACGGCUGCGAGCUGCUGUGCUGCGGCCGCGGCUUCCACACCUCCGAGGUCGAGGUGGUCGAGCGCUGCAGCUGCAAAUUCCACUGGUGCUGCUUCGUCAAGUGUCGUCACUGCCACCGGCUGGUGGAGACACACACGUGCCGGUGAUCCCCGGCUCCCCGGGCCCCGCCAGGGACGCAGACCGAGGAACAGAGAGACGAUGGACGGAGGGGAGACAUAAUUUAAAGGCCACGACUCCCCCCUCAAGAAAAAGAUGCUGGUUGUAUUUUUUUUAAUGUCUCCAUAGUAUUUAUUACAGAGGUCAGAGGCCCAGGCCCAGGGCAUGCCCUGAUCCCCACCUCUCACCAGCUGAUCUGAAGGACACCGGCCCCCCAUUAAGCCUCCUCAAGCUAGUGUUUUCUGUGCCUAUUGUAGAUGCAGACUUUUCAGACUUUCAGGGAGAAACACAUACAAAUAACCACAACGGCCAGGCUUCCAUGCUCCCUGAUGUGUCUGUGGGGAAGGAGAGCGACGUGAAGGAAGGCCCCCUAACCCUUCGGGUUUCUUUGGGGAGCCACGGGCAGUGAGCUGGAAGCUGCUCAGAGACCCUCUUUCCUGUCUCAGGAGCCUCUGGAGCGGUAGCAGUGUUCCUGCUGGGGACAGUGGCCCAGAUCUAGGAGCCUCCUGGCUGAACUGAUGGAGCAUCGCAUAGCUGGUACCAUCCCGCAAUCACAGUAUGUCGGGGUUGGAAGACACCCUGGGGAUCAAUGAGUCUGAUGCCCUCUGUUGACAGAGGAGGAAACGGAAAUCCAGGAAACAGCUUGUCUGAGACCACACAGCAAGUGACCAAGCCGGGGCCAGAGCCCAGGUCUCCCCAUUCCAAGUCCAAGGAUUUCACUGCCCCGCAACCCCCGUGGAACUACUGACCUACUGACCCCGAUGAGAAGAGACCCUGAAGAGCUUACAUCAGGGGUAUGCGCCCUGAAGGCAGAGCCAGCAGCAGCCCCCGGCCCAUCCUACACCCUCUUCCCUCCAAACCUUCCCGUAACCAGAGGUUAAAAGAGGUGAGAGGGAUCUCAGAAUCCUGGUCUUAUACCUUCAGUUUAAAGAUGAGGAAACUGAGGCCUGGAAAGGUCAAGCUACUUUCCUAAGUUCACACAGGCAGUAAUCCUAAUUCACAUCUUAGAGAACCUGGAUCCUUCCCAAGAUGCUUUUCCAAUGGAUGGGAAGCAUAGGGAGGUAUCAUUAUCUCCACUCCAAAGACAAGGAAGGGGAGGCCCAGGAAGGGCCUCUCACCAAAGGUCACACAGUGAGUCCGUGUUAGGGACAGAACCAGGGACAGGUCUCCUGAUUUCUAGACCUUCAGUCAUUUCAGUCAUGCCAGACUCUUCGUGAGCGUAUUUGGGAUUUCCUU